AUAAAUAUUUCAACGAUGGAACGUCGCAGGGCAAUGAGUUCUUAUGCCAAGCUAAAGGAGCAACAACAACAACAACAGCAGCAGCUGGAAAACAACAAUAGUGAGGAUGAGAAUGAGUUGCCAGCUCUGCGUCGCUCACACUCAGUUCGUGCCUCCCUGCGGCGCCUCAAGAGCAAGCUUCAGAGCCCCGCGCUGGCUUUGCAGUCGCCUUUUAAGCUGCGCGCCCAUUUGCAUUCGCGCAGUCGCAGUAGCAGCAACAGAACGUUGCAGAAGUCGAAGGUCGUGAAAGCGUUGCGUUUGUGGCAAGACAUCGAUGCUGUUGCCGUGAUAACAACCAAAGUGAAAGGAGAAUUUGUGCCGCUCAAAAAACAGACAAUGCAGCCGAAUGCAGAUCAUGAAUUGGGCAUUGAGCAGUUGAUGUCCUCACUGCCCGUGGGCGUGACCCUUCCACGCAAGGCCUGUAAGUUACUGCAAAUACCCGAGAGCUACUGUCAAAGCCCCAAGACGGCACCCAAAGCCACCCUGGACUCCGAUCUGGAGCGUACUCUGGGCACUGAGUCGCCCAAUGCCAGUGAUCCCGUUCUGGCCGAUAUCACACGCCACGCCCACCAGGGAAUCUAUGGAACAACGCGCAUGCGCACGGCCACCAUAAGGAAGCCAAUGCCCUAUCUAAAUAGUCACAACAUUCUGCCCAGCAAUCAUUGUGAAAGUCAGAACUUUGAGACCGUUAGGCUGCGUGACAAGAGUGUUUACCAGGAGAACAACAAUCAGGACAAUUAUCCUACCUAUUAUCCAGCUCCUUUGCUGUCGACGCCGAGCAGCGCCUUUCGCUGGUCGGAGCAGCUGACGCAGCAUGCGGCGGUAGCCAAGUUACGGACUGCGAUUUCGUGCAACUCGCAGGAUCUGCGUGAGAUGGAAUUCCUGUUGCCACAGCAGGCACACUGCUCCACUCACACCAUGUCCUCCAGCAGUGGACAGCCACAGCUCUGCAUUUCUCGCCAUUCGCAGCCAAAGAAUGCCAAGCUACGCGAUGACCGCGAGGAUCAGUCGCCGGAACUGGAGGACCAGUCAUUGGCCAACGCUGCCGGAGAUGAGAACACGUCGUCGAAUAAUCAACAUCAGCUCACCGUGCAUCGUCAGUCGGUGCAAUUGCGAUCCAAGAUUGCCACUGGCAAUACGCCCCAUCCCCGAGUCAGCAAAAUGACCAAGAAGCAGCUAAAGCUGGCCCAAGCACAGCUGGACAGGCUGACCCAAAGUAAUCUGCAUUUACAUGCUCUCUUUUCGGCCGUGGAGCAUGGUCAUUUGGAUAAGGCACGCACCAUACUGGAGUCAACAGAUGUGGAUGUCAAUAGCAUUAAUACGGAUGGACUCUCGGCGCUGGAUGUGGCCGUAUUGAGCAACAAUCGCUCCAUGACCAAGAUGCUAUUGCAGCAUGGCGCUCUGGAGGGUUCUCAGUUUUCCGUCGAGAGCAUUGGAACAAAGCUCAACGGUCUGCUCAAGGACGCCGAGUCACGUAUACAUGAUCUCAGCGGACCGGAAGGACUGUGUCCACCCGUCUUCACAUCGCGUCCUUCCAUAUCCAGCAUCAUAAUUGGUAACACGGGCUCUUCAGUUACGGGUUGUACGGGAAACGAGGUAGAUAAGCAGAUUGGAAUCUGGGAGCGUCGAGUCAAGGGAUUGCGUCGCAUGCUCCUCGGCUGGGAUCAAGCCCGACCACCAGAUGCCCCAGCCUCGGUGGUUGUCGAUGUCACCGGUGACAAUUCUAUCAGCUUACAAAUACUAGAGCCAUUCGAGGGCGCCAUCGGCACAAAAUUCAAAGUUCAAUGGUCAACACGCGCGGACUUCAACAAUGUGGUCGGCGAGCGGGAGCUGCUCGAUUGGAUUAGUUUCCAUGGCACGAUGGGUGCACAGUGCAACAUUGCCGGCCUCACCCAGGGACGCCGUUACUUUUUGCGUGCCGCAUGUGGCAACGUCAAAGGCUGGGGCAGCUACCUUAACUCGGUGCCCGCCAGCGUUGCCCCCUCAACCUGGCGCGACUUGGAUAAUCGGGAGGAUCGUUUCUUUGGCCGGCAACGCAUAUUGGACAAUUUAUUUACCGCCGUGAGAAUGGCGCGUCCUGCAGAUGUAUCCGAACUUACGCUAGACCCGGGCAGCGUGCAGCGUCGCAAUCCCAAAAAGAAAACCACGAUCAAGCAAUUGUUUUCGGUGACCUCCAAGUUCCAAAAGACGCUGCGACGUGGCAUCUACUUCUCUUGCAUUGUGCACUGCGAUGACAAGGUGCUGGUGACCAGCGAGGACUUUCCGCCCGUCAUUGAGAUCGAUGAGUCGUAUCCGAGUGCCCUUCACAUUGAUUACUAUUGGUUGAUGAAGGUGGCCUGCACGUGGGAGGAUGUCAAAUCGCUGCGCACGGAUAUGGAACGGAAUCUGACCUCGCCUGUGCACUUUCGCACAAAAUUGUUGUCGGCUGUUUCCCAGAUGCAGUCGGCACUGGGCAUCACAGAUCUCGGCCAGCUGUACUACAAACCCUUGAAGGAUGCUCAGGGCACUGUAGUGUUCACUUGUGUGCAGUCGGUGAAGAGCCAGAAGGCGGUGUCCAUACUCAACUCACGCUGGCUGCCAGUCAGUAAAUUGCAAAAGAAGCUUGGAGCCUUGCACGAGGAUUACAAUAUCAACGAGCUGCUCAUUUCCAGCAUUGGAGAUCAGUUGUACUAUCAGCAGGCGGCUUUGCAGCGACUGGAGCCGGGUCUCUAUUUGGGAUAUCUGAAGAUGCAAUGCUCGAUGGACCAGAUACAGGUUGUGGUGCCGGUAAAGUCUCCCAAUGUCCUGCCCCACUGUAAGGUGCGUGAGAACAGUCACAUUACAGCCGAGGAGUGGCAGGCACUGCAUCAAAGUGAAUCGGAUCCACUGCGUCUGCCAUUGGACUUCAGUGCACCCGGAGAUGGCAAUGGCAACCGUCCCGCCACAGAGGUGCAGCGUCUCUUCCUCUACGAUCUCAGCAAUGCGAUGCACAGACUCUUUGCGAGCAUGAACAUCAAGGCGACGGAUGCGGCGACACAUCGUCUCUACGAUGUGGAGGUCAUCGAGCACAGUCGCGACAUAAGCUUUCUUAUUGUCUGCCCCUCGGUGGAAUCGUCGGUUGCCGUGCCAGGACAGUCGGAGCUGCUGCUGCAGCGCGAUGAUCUGGCCAGUCUCAGUAUCCAGGCCUUUGAGAUGAUCCACCUGCGCACCUAUCAGCCCGCCAUCGUGCAGAAGUAUGCCCGAUUGUCCUGCAUCCUCGAGCUGGACACCGCAUUGGCCACGCACUCGCAUCGUGAGGCAUUCUCCAGCAGCGAACUGCAGGCCGCCAAGGAGCGUCUGGCCACACUGCAAGAUCUGAGUGCCAAUCUGACGCUGGUGUGGAAGAGCGUACGCUGGCUGAUGGAUGUGGUGGCCUAUGCUCGAAACAAACACGCCCAGCCCUCGCUGGCCAUGCGUGAAAUCCUUGAGUUUGCCCACAUGCGGCAAGAGGAAUCAUCUGGGGCGGGCAAACAGCUGUUGCAAUUGCCUCUGCGGGAGUCCAAGUUCAUCAAGACGGGACGUGGCAGCUGGCCAGGAACUGGCGACAACGAUAACGCCGAUCGACAGGGCAAACCGGAGCACUCCAAAUCCGAAACGAAUCUGGGACAAGGCAACUUGACUCCAGUUUCGGCACAUCCUACGCCGGUGGACGCUGGCGAUAAACAGCCACCUCCACAGCAGCAACAACAACAACAGCUGCUUCAAGUGGCGAGCAAUGAGUAUGCGGCAUCCAGUUCCUCGGAGGUUUCUCUGCGCAAGAACAGCGGCGACUCCGUUAGUUCCGCUUACACCGCACGUAGUUUCUACUCCGCGGUCGACUCCGCCUCCGAGGGCAGCAGCAGCGUCUUUGCCCUGCCCCCCUCGCGCUCCGAUGACACGUUGGCGGAGGCACUGCGUCAUCCCCAGUCAGCCAGUGCACAGCGUAAGCGCACCAGCUCAAACAUUGGUCCAUUUCCCACACCCCUCAUCACCGUGCACAGCUCCAGCUCGGCACCAUAUUUGGGGGGAUCUAGUGUCUCGUUGAGGACCGGCAGCGGCGCCUUUGCCACUGAUCUGGAGCACAAGCCUCUGAAGCCAGCGACUGAGUAUAAAGUGAAAGCUGCAUCCAGUGCAAAUCUUCGCGAGGGUGGACUCUAUCUUAAGAGCUCGCUGUCGGCACUGCAGCCGGAGCUAAAGCCAAUGAGCAGCGAGGAGCCCAUAGCCAGCACCUCGAAGGCGUCCUCCACCAAGAGCCUGGUGCAUCAGAGCAGCGAAGAGGAUACUGCUAGCUGUUCCAGUCUCAAUGCAGAGCAGACUUCCACUGGAGCGGGCAUCAUUCAAGUGUAUACAGCGUACAACACGGGCCUCGCCAGCGGUACCAGCCUCAAGUUGCAUGUGACGCCCAAGACAACGGCCCGGGAGGUCAUCAAUCUGGUGGUGAAACAGCUCAACAUGGCAGCCGUACUCAAGGGCAGCAAGGGACCCAUCUACAGUGCCGAUAUGCUGGACAAUUUCUGUCUCGUCGCCGUCAUUGGAGCACGGGAACGUUGUUUACGUGACGACUUUAAGCCGUUGCAGCUGCAAAGUCCCUGGAAGAAGGGACGUCUCUAUGUGCGACAGAAACACGAACUCCUGGCGGCCAUCGAGCACUCCAAUCGCAAAUCGCAUUUGAUCUAAACACACCCACCCAUACACACACACAGCUACAUGGACAGACGUAUUAUUGCUGGCUUCUUUAGUUGGUUCUUGCUUUUGGGGACUGCUUUUCCCAGAUGAAAGUUCGACGACCAAUUCCCAAAUUAGACUGAAUUACAUACAUAUUUGUUGUGUAUGCAAAACGACAAAAAAAUUAUGAAUUAUGAAAUGGUAUUAUUAUAUUUUGAAUAGUUUUACAUUAUAAACACACACAAACACAUAAAUUACACUUUGUACAUAUAGAACAUAAAUUGAUUGUUGCUAGUUUUUCUAGAGGUUCGAUAAAUGUAAGUGCAACCGAUUACACCAAUAUUCCAGUAUAUAUACUUUUACAUAUAGGACUGCAUCGAUGUAUGUAUGUAUUUUUAUUGUACUAUGUAUUUUGUAGUUUAGUAAAAAAAAAAAACAAAAACAAAUGUUUUGAUUGCAUUUUUGUGGCAAUUUUAAGGCGCACGAAUUUUUUUAAUAUUAUUAAAACAUUUCUUAAUGUUUAAUAACAAGAAUUGCAAGACAAGCAAACAGAAUUAAGUAUUAUUGAACAAAUGUCAAUAAAUAAAUCUUAAUUUGUAUAACUAUCUCCCUCUCUCUCUCUCUCUCUCUCUAUUGAUGUGCACAUGUGUGUGUUUUUUUAUUGAUAACAAUUCCAAUUGGAAUCAUUAACACAUUUACAUAUUCAAUUGCAAACGCAAAUGUAUUUUAGCUGUAAACGAUUAUCUACACCGCACUCUAUUAUAGUUGCAAGUAUUUUUUUAAAAUACAUAUUGGCACAACUAGAUGUUGAAAUUGUAACAAUAACAAAGAAUUAAAAUGAAUUGUAGAUUAUAUACACAUACAAAUAAAAGGACUAUCCAAAAGACCUGUAAAUCGGACCUAUAGCCGCAAAAGUUAAAUGUUUAAAACUAGUCCAGAAAUGUUCCAACGAGAACUCAAUUGUUUUUAUCUAUUUUUUGCUUGUCUUCGUAGAUUCAGUCUAUUCCAAACCUCUUCAUUUUGAGCACUUUCUUGCCACGUACUCCCCAUAUGAUAGAAUACUUAAAAUAUUUGUGUGAACUUCUAUUAACCUUGCCUAUCUUAAUGUGCAAGCUGGUAAAUGUCUAUAACUAAUAUUUGUGUGAACAAUAUGCAAUACAGUACUCGUAAUAUGUAAAUAAGCAAAAGUUCUUCAAGUCUCUGUCUUUAACUAUAGAAAAGAAAAAUUUAUCAAACAAAGUUUCCUCGGUUCCAUAUGAUAACUACUCGUACUUUAACUAUAUAUAUUUAGUUUAGAAAACUUCCACUUGACGGCAAGCUCAUUAAAAUCCAUAAAUAAUAAUAAUAAUAAUCAUAAUUAUGAUUCAAUGUCUAUAAAGAAAUGAGACUAAGACCAACAAUGUUUUUUGUACAUAUUUAUUCAUUUUGAAUGUCUAAAGUUUUUGAUAAAGUUUUUAUUAUGGGUUCACCAGUCCUACGGCUCGACGAUCAACGGAUCAGGAUCAGCAACGAAAUUUAGCUAGGAAUUAGCUUAAGCCACAAUUCCUUGAUCCUCAACAUUUUUUUAUUUCAAAUUAAAAACAACGAAUUCCCAAUAUUCGAAUUUAAUUGUUUAGCUUUAGUUAUUUGUUAUUGUCGUUUAGUAAGCAAAAUUAAACAAUCUAAAUUGUCAAACAAGCCGCCGUCCGUCCCCAAAAUGAUCAAUUGGUUUUUGAAUAAUAAAACCAAAUUAUACAGAGUAUUAUUUUUUGCAAUAUUGCGAUAUGGUGAGAUUAGUUUAUGACGCAAUCUAAUUGUAACAAAUUAAUUAAGGUGUUAAAGGUUCAAAUACGAGUAUGCAUACAUAAGUAUGUAAGAAUAUGUAGCCAGAAUAUUCAAUGGCAAAACAUGGAAUACAUAACAUUAAGAACAUCGAGAGAUGAUGUAUGUAGUUACUAAAUACUAUAUGUAUACAAAUACUGAUUGUAUAAAAUAUGUAUGUUUGUAGAUUAUCGAAAAUGUCUUUAGACGUAAUACUAACACAUCAACACGUAAAUAAAUGAAUAAGAUAGUAAAUUCUUAUCAAGUGUAACUCAUACUCGUAUUAACUGCAUGUUAAAAAAUCCUAAUCGAUUCAUGGUGUAUUUUGGUGUGUGUUAACUAUGUACAACUACAACAGCCAUAAUAUGUAACAAAAUUAACAACAAAAGUAUUAGCAAAGAUUGCAAUGGACGAUGAUUUAGUUACCAUAAGAUCAACAAAAUAUGCUUAGAUCAAUGGAAAUGUAGCUAAGAAUAAGUGAAUGUGAAUGUGUGUAUAGCGAGAGAGUAAUGCUCGAGAAAAAGAAUACUUAUUCAAUUAAUUUAAAUAAAGACUUAAUAACUGUUAUGGUGU